UAGGCACCGAAACCAGAGCCAGUGCGAAACUGAACCGACCUGAGCACCACAGCGCUGCUGCAAUAGAUCUGCAUGCAUACCAGUGCUAGUGAUCUGGCUCAAAGCACUGAGUUUCAACUGUUUGCUACUCUUUCCCGCAACAUUCGUGUCACCAUUUCGGAGGUCCGCCCAUCCGUAACAGCCUUAGUAGAUCCCAGCUGAUCCAAGCUGAUCCAGGAAGAUUCAGGAAGAUCCUGGAAGCGCCCCAUGUACGACAGCAUCCUUCCGGCCCUGCCGUAGUCCUUGCUCUGCUACCCACCCGUACCAACCAACCACAGCCCCAGCCUCAACCAACCAGUCCCAGCCCAACCCCACCACCAGCAGCAGCAGCAGCCGCAAUCAGCAACCGGCAGCACUGGGGUUUCGCACAAGCCUUCAGCUCCUCACCUCCACCUCCACCUCCCCAUCCUCCUCCGUCUCCAUCUCUCCCUCCCGCUCUCCCUAACCGCCCCAGCCAACCGCCCCCAUGCCCCCACCUCCUCCCCCCGGCGGCAUGGCCUCCCUAGCGGCCUCCGCCGUACAAUUCCUGACGGGAGCCCUAAAGUACGGCACAUCCGCUAGCAACGUUAGCAGCGCUAGCAGCAGUGGCCUUCUAACGGUGGUCCCGCUGACGAGGUCGUUGACGGCCGUUGCGGCUGUUGCCGAUGGCUCAACGGCCAUGGCAACGGUCAAACUGAUGACGAGAGGCGGCGUAACGGCUAGGGGUAUAAACGCCGGCGGUGGCGGCGGGAGCGAUGCCUGGUCCAAUGCACCUGCACGGCUGUGGCGGCGACUGUUCUUCUCUUCUGCAGCUGGCUCCGCACGGAGUAAUAAGGCGGGGGCGGGAGCAGCCGCAAGCCAGCUACUGUUGCCUGGUGCAUGGCGAAGGGCAGUUGGAGGAGGCGUUUGCGGCGGUGGCGGUGCUGUCAUCAGUGCUGGAGGCUGGAGCCGAGUAGGCCGGGGCUGGACGCCAGGGGUGACGGGCUGGAGUGCUGCUGCUGCUGCUGCUGCUGCUGCUGCUGGCGGUGGUGGUGCUCGCAGUGUUGGUGCCAGCGGCAGUUUCGCCUGCGCGGUUCGGACUGUGUGGCAGGAUAGCAGGGGCUACCAGCAUUUCAAGGGUCGUGGAGGCGGCUGGUCGUUCACCGGGCCCCGCACCGCCUACACCCUCACGGCGGUGGCGGCGGGCGGGGUGCUGUACUACGUGUACUGCCUGGAGCAGGUGCCGUACACGGGUCGGUGGCACUCCAUCAUGCUGGUCAGUGCGGCCAACGAGCGCUGGAUGGGUCGCACGACGUUUGAGGAGCAAAAGGCGAUCGCCCGCGCGGAGGGUCGUCUGCUCCCCGACGCGCAUCCCGACGUGCAGCGAGUGCGACGACUCGGCCUCGCCAUUGCGGCGGCGGCGGUGGACGGCGGCGGCGGCGGGCGUUACGACCACAUGCGGGAUGCGCAGUGGGAGUUCGCGGUGGUGGAUAGCGCCAUGCCCAAUGCAUUCGUGGUGCCGGGGGGAAAGGUGGUGGUAUUCAGCGGUCUGCUGCGGCUGCUGGGCGGCAGCGAUGACGAGCUGGCGGCGGUGUUGGCUCACGAGGUGGCGCAUGUGCUGGCUCGGCACACGGCCGAGCGCCUGAGUACCCUCAACGUGUGGACGCUCCUCAAUAUGACCCUCCGCCUCACUCUGGGCUUCGGCCUGCCCAAUGUGGCAAUGUACAUGGGUAUAUUCCUGCCGUACUCCCGCCUAGCGGAACACGAGGCGGACGUGAUCGGGCUGCGGCUCAUGGCACGUGCGUGUUUCGACCCCGCUGCCGCGCCCGCCAUGCUUGCCAAGCUGAACAGCAAGGAGAAGCAGAUGCAGAAGCAAUCCCACGUCGCCUCCGUGCCCUACUUUCUCCGCACGCACCCGCUCACGGAUGACCGUGUGAGCCUGGUGGAGCAGCAGCUGCCGGAGGCGAUACGGAUGUUCAGGGACGCCGGCUGUGCCGCCAAGCGAAGCGCCUUCAACCGAGGCUGGUCCGCUUGGGGUGGUGGAGGUGGGGAGGAGGGUGGUUACGGAGAUGGCACAGUGGCUGAGGUCAUUCGAUUCGGUUGAUUGGUUGUGGUGGGUGCGUGGGGGGGGUUACUGCUGGGUCACAGCGCGUGGGUAGGUUUGGUUGGUUGGUAGCAGUUGACGUGAGCAUGGGGUGCAGGUAGAGGGGUAAAGAGGAAAGAACAAUCUUAACUACCUAACAACUAACUGGCCGUGUGAUAAGGCGUCAUCAUGGUUUGCAACAUGUGCAGGAGGGGGGGUCCGGGGUACGGACAGUUUGUACGGAGUGUACGAAUGUAAUGGCCGGAUUGUACGGCUGGAGUUGUGUAUAGGAUACAAUUGGUCCUGGAUCCAAACAUGGCAAUGACAGCUGGGGAGGGUGGCCACGCGGGAGGUACGGGGGGCCCGAUGUACGGAAGUAAUGGCCGCACAACAUUAUGUACGGUGAGAGGAGGAGGAAGAGGAGGCGUCCUUUGUUCAUGCAGGUUAACUCGAGCAGCGAGGUUUUGGGAUAGCGGUGCCCGUUUGGAGACAUGCAGGCAAUGUGUUAGUGUCAUGCAAGGGAGGCCAGGUUGGUUACUGGGGUGGGGGCGAUGUACGCUGCCUCCUCUCCUUGCACGCACAGUUUCGUACAACUCGGUGGGAUCGUGGGAUCUGGGGUUGGGUUGGGGUUGAGUUGGCAACUUGGCAUUUAUUGGAUGCCAAGACAGAAAGGAAGGCCGAUGCAUGAUUGCGUUGUGUUGCUCUUCGACCUCUUUCCUGCUGGUAUUGCUUCUUGCUGCUUCCGUUUUGAAGCUGUUGAU